UCUUGACGGCGCUAACGCGCUGCGACGCGCAAUACCGAUUCUCCGAGUCCGAUUCUCCACUACGUUAUCGACUCUCGCGCCGAGACGACACACGACGAUUCGAUUUUGGCGCGAAAAUUCCAUUCGGAACGUUCAUCAUACGAAUAAAAUGUCAUUUUAGACAACUACUUCCAAUCAAAAUUUGUGCCAAAGACUUUAAACAGUGUGAACCAUGGAUUGUUGCAACUACGUCCCGUACAGACACCACCAGGGGUACUACGGGUACUACAACGAACCUUUGCCGCCGUACCACGGCGACUUUUAUGGACACCACAAUAUGUACCACGACUAUUACGGGAAUAUAAAUCCGUAUUACAGUCCCCAUCAGCAUUGGCAAGGUGGUGGAGUUUUUGCUCCACAAGAUUACGUGUACAACCCGAAAGAAGCUCGCUUGCGAAAGGCGAUGCGGGAAGCGGCGAGUAGGGACCGCUCUAUCGGGGCUUCCCCGAUGUUGCCGCGACCGAGCGCUCGCAGGGUUAGCUCUGCGGAAUGGGCCACGUCGGCUGCAGGACCUCCUGGGACGCCCACGCUGCAUGUUUCGCACGAAGAACCUCUUAUGAUGUCGCCUCUGGGUCAGGGUAUGCGCGGUCCCGGUCUGGAUGCUCCUUGCUUUCCGUCAGCGAUGUCGUCCACGUCGGGCAGAAUCAGCCGUAGCGGAAACGAGCAGUUCAUGCCGCCGUCCAUGGAGGCGGCUGCACCAUCCUCGGGUUACUCGGGCGCCAAAAUGCACCAGGAUUCGCCCAUACCGCCCCCACCAGCCCCUACGCCCACCGUACACGCUGCAUAUAUGCAGCCCAAUCCUUUAACACAACUUCAACAACAAACGGAGAUGUGGCACAAUUACCAAGACGAUUUGAGGCCAAGAUCUUCGGGUAACCCUUUCAUGAUGCAAGAUAUCCAAUCUCCGUACCAUCACCAUCAACCGUCUCCCCCGCUCAGCAUACCCAGUCCGAUGAUGAUGGACAAACACCGACAAACGCCUGUACACCACAUACACAAUGUCAACUCCAUAUCGAUGCCCAUGACACCUCCACACUCCAACUCCAUAAUGGCGAUGACCCCACCGCACUCCAACGAGAACGUACCUCCUGAUGAACCGCUGCAUCUCAAAGAGAAGAUGAUGCCCCAAGAUUUUCAACAUCUCGCGCCGAAACAAACAGUGGAAGCUCCUCAGCCGUUGAUGGAGAAUAACGUGCAACAUCAAAAUGAGUAUGGAAAUUCCAUUUUUGGAGGUAGCGUUGGAGUCAGUCAACAGCAAAGUCAUCAUCAACAGUUUGAAAAAAUGGAAGAUACCAAAAUAAAAAGGUCAAACCCGCCAUCAUCAAUCAGUAUUGCUCGCCCUUCAUACUCCGUAGCACCAAAGAAACCGUCUUCGAAGCCUCUACCUGAUUUCAACGAGGCUUUCGGCUCUACGGAACGGGGUCGUUUCCAGAGUCCGCCUGAUCCUCGACUUGGACCCAACAAAGGUUAUUUGGAUUUCUUUUGCGAGGACGGACCUCAACUUAAAUUUGAAGAUUUUCAAAUGUAAAUUCAAUUAUUGGUGGUCUAUACGUUUGAGUAAAUAAUAAUGUGAAACCUUCAGCUCAGCAAAGAUAUCAAAAUGAUGAUAUUCAUUGUAUUGUUUGUAUCUACCAUUUUAUGGUUUGAUAUUUUUGUUGCCGUUUCAAAUAUUUUGGUUUUGUUUUGUACUUGUCUUCCUAUUUAAUAAAAAACAUAAAGCACUUAUUUUUCUGACUUAUGUUACCUUGCAGUCUAUAUUUCAUAUUUGUAUAGAAUAAUGAAGUCCUUUGGAUGAAGCUGUAUCUUUAUUCUAGGUGAGACGCAGUAGUAACGUGCAUUCUUCCUAUUUUCACUGCUACUCUUCUUUUUCCAUGUUGGCAUUCCAUUCCAGCUAGUAUGUAUCUAUAGCGGGCAGAAAUGGUUUCAAAUAGCCAGCUUCAUUGAGUCAAUAUAAUUAACGUCUAAUCCUUCCUAUAUCCUCCUCUAAAGCAGAAUACUCUAAAUACUAAAGCUUUUCGAAAAAAAAUCUCGUGCUAGUUAAUGUUCUCAAUCCUUUAUGAUGAACUUCCUAGCUUGAGCCUGUCACCGUGCGAAUCAAUAAAACAUGCGUUCAAAACCUGGCUACAACGAGAUUUUCUGGGUUGAAACCAACUUGUUCUGGAAUAAUCUUCUCGUCCAUAUCCUAAAAAAUUCUUCCCAGAAUUAUAGUAGCGCGACUGGAAAGUUUUUUUGGUUUUGUUGGUUAUUUAUUCGAAUGCAUAAACCUAUGACUUUCUUCCAGGUCAGUUACGGCUAUCACACUUGUUACAUCAUCUCUGCGAGCCAUUGGUUGGUAACAGUCCGGAAAGCUUUAUCUGUUCUGUUGUGAUAUCUUUUAAACUCGCAAAAUUGUUUCCUGCAUGUGAGUCCAUUUUUUUGUAUUUAUUCAAGGGUUUUCCUCCUAGUCAAGAGAUCUUAUUAUAGUUUUUUCAAUUACCAUUUAGUAAUAUCUUGCUGUUUACUUUAAAUUUAUUUAAAUUUUUAACCACGCCCGCCUAUUUUUGUGUUUCAUAUUUAGGUUAUUCAAUAGUUUGGUUCAAUUUUCUUUCCUGAUCUCUACUCAUAAGGUUUUUUUGCCUGGAUGAAUGAAUUUACCCCACACUUAGCCUUGUAUUUCUUGAAUUUCGACUCAAUUCAAGCUUUCUGCUUAACCCAGGUAUAACAUACCAAAAGGCACCGCCAGGAAAACAUUCCACUUUGCGGUUCAGAGAGCCCAUAUGAAACGAGUCUUUGUACUCUAUGCAGAGUAUGGCAUUAACAAAAUAAGAAAAUCUACGGUUUCGUUUUGAUUAAAAUCUGUCUUCCUCCAUCCCCCGAUAGCACUAUUUCUAGGUCUACCUGUUGUCAAGGAGGCUCUAAGGAAGACAGAUUUUUACCAUUCCGACCGUAGAUUGUCGAUAUAAAUUAAAAUAAUUUAUAUCGCAGUAUGGAUAGAACGCCCUCUAACGGGGAAUAAGCGAAAUGAAUUUCGACUCAAUUCAAGCUUUCUGCUUAACCCAAG